UGUUCGUACAAGUUACGUCGGUGUCGUAAGAGCGGACUCGGAAUACGACGUCGCGUCGUGACCCAGGAACAACUUACGGCAUACUCGCUUUCCGCCGUUCGCCAUUUUGGUUUGCCGUGCUUACACAUACUUGUUUUCUUUUGCUUUAGUGACUUUCUAGCCUUCGCUAUGGCGCCCAAGGGCAAGGCGGACUCUUCCAACGACCGAGCUUCGAAAAAAAGGAAAUCCAUUACCAUGGAGGUGAAGUUAGACAUCGUGAAGCGAUCGAAACGGGGAGAAACGCCGACGAACAUCGGCCGCGUGCUCGACUUAAGCCGCUCCACUGUGGCGACUAUCAUUAAGGAUCAAGAUCGCAUCCUGGAGCAUGUGAAGGCAUCUCCGCAUAUGAAAUCCACCAUAAUAAGCAAGCAGAACAGCGGGCUAAUGAUGGAGAUGGAGAGACUUCUGGUGCUUUGGCUGGAGGAGCAGCACCGGCGGCGUCUCCCCGUCAGCCUCGUGCUGAUCCAACAGGAGGCGAAGCGCCUCUUCGAGAAGUUGAAAAGCGAAAAAGGAGAAGGCAGUGAGGGGAAGUCGUUUGUGGCCAGCAGAGGUUGGUUUAUGCGAUUUAAAGCUCGCGCUAAUUUGCAUAACCUUAGAGUGGAAGGUGAAGCCGCCAGUAGCGCGAAUGAAGCAGGGAAAGAUUUCCCCACUGCCUUGGCGGAGAUCAUCAAGGAGGGGGUGAACAAGUGCUGUGCCCAACAAGUGUUGGGUGAGAGUUUGUCCUGGAAGCCGCCGGUAAACACCAAGGAGGAGGAGGAGGAGGAGGAGGAGGAGGAAGCGAGACAGGCUGUGGAGCAGGACGCAACAACCCCAGAGCCCAAGAGGUUCACAUGCAAGAGCUUGGCGGCUGGUUUCUUGCUGAUCGAGGAAGGCUUGGCGAAGUUCGAGGCCGAGGACCCCGACGCGGCCAGGUACGCCAGGAUCUUCAAGGGGGUCACGGACCACCUGCGGUGUUACAAGGAGAUUUGGGAGGAGGAAAAUAGGGUCUCCUUUCAGUCGAACCUCGAACGGUUCUUCAAGAUGGUCGAGAGGCCGAUACCGGAUCCCGUACCGGAUCCUGGGCCCUCGACGUCGACUGCUCCGUUACCACCUGCGGCCUCUUCGUCUCCUUCGAAAAAGUAGAGAGGCCUGAAACAGAUCCUGUAUUCUCUACCUCAUCUGCUUCAUUCACUUCCCCCAGCAUCUUCUCGACCACCUUUGACCUCUCCAGCAUCCUCCUCGCCUCUCCCCUCUCUCACACUCACAACACAAGCCUACCACAGGAGGAAAGGCCCUUUUCCACCAGACAGCGGUAGAACUCCUGGAUGUACGUGUAAACGCACUUCCAGUCCGGCUCUUUCAUCCGGACCAAGUCUUCAGGGUCCAGCAGAGGGGGGCAGCCGGCCAGCCUCCUGCAAACGGAGAAGCAUAGUGGCCAGAGUCCUAAAGUCAGUCUCAGCAAGGGACAACAAGGCGACACGAGGAAGGGGAGCUUACUUACUCUGCCGUGCUGAAAGCCAGCCGGAAGUUGUCCCGGGGCUUGUGAGGGUUCAGGGUGGAAUAUUCGAAGGCGUCAGGGAAGAAGCGGUGUACCAAGGCGCAGAAGGCUAUGCCGUCCUUCCAACUGGAGGAGAAGUUGCGGACAUCCACCCCCUAAAAUAGCAGAGACAGGUUUGAAGAGAAAAGACAGAGCCGAGCAGAGCAGUAAAUCACAACAGAGGAGAGUGGGGAGAUUAUGACCUCAUAUGGCUCCGUUUUGGCCUUGCACCAAUCCAGAAGCAUCUGUUUGACGUUUUUAGCAUUGGGUGCUGCAGAGGGGGGACACUUCUGGGCGGCUUGAGCAGUACCCGUCUUACUGAGGAGGAGAAGUACAGACAGAAGAGUCCGCAUCUAAUAACUACGCUAAUAUAGAGGCUCCUCGCUUUGCCAUGGUGAAAGAAUAUGUUUCACGCGCAUGCUCCGUUACGGGAGUACGUUUUUCAUUGGACUGUUAUAUUUAUGCCCCAGAAGUGUUUUUCAUACAAAUAUUUACUGUACUUCAUGAAACUAUCACUAACCUACACUAAUGUAGUAGUAGAUUACUGCACGUUCAGUCUUACACGUACAAAUCUUAAAUUAUGUUGCCACCGCAUGAAUGUAAUCGUAAACCGAGGACUCCUGGACACACAAAGAUGGAGUUUAAAGUAUCACUUGUGGACAGUAACAUUUUAUGGAACAUUUUCUCAAUGUGGUUAACAUACAGUAUUGUACAUGAAUGGAAUAUUGUUUUUUUACAUGAAAUAAAUGAUUUAGCUCCUCAAAACACUGGCCUCUCUAAUAGACUUAACUCUCAGAUUGUUCCACAAUUAAUCAGUUUCGAUUAAAUAUGACUCCCGUAUUUCCUCAAAUAGUCGCCUCUGUAAUAGAUACCGUUCCCCAAAUGAUCCCCUUGUUUUUGUAUGGGAAAAAAAAAUGGGACCAACAUAUUUUCUAUUAGUCAUCACCAAGACAUCUUGUGAAAAAAACUGGCACUACUGUAUUUAUUCAAAUUGGAAUAAAUAAAUUCCCACCUGACGAUACACCUUUUAUAUUGCUUCAGAAAAAUAAGUUGGAAUAUGUACUGUAUAAGUUGGAGGGAAAAAUAAUUUGUAAAGUUGAUACAAAUGCUACCCCCUAACAAUAGCGUAGCUUAAAAUGGUCUUUUUCUAUGUUAAAAGUUUUUUUUAUAUGUGAGAAUUGGUAUUGCCUUUGCAACAUGUGACUCACCCGCCUGCUGUCACGGAGGAGGCUGGUUGACCUAACCAAAACAUCAGAGAAUCAAAUGAAUAUGAGAAAACUUAUGCAAUGAAUAAUACUAAGAGAUCAUCUUCGUAGAGAUGAGUCACUGUUGGUUGUCAGCUGCUGGUUCAUGGGUGCCCUCGCUGUGCCCACAAAUCCCCCGCCUGGUGCGCCUCCUUUGCUGAGGCCCUGCUGCCUCAAGUCCUGCUGCCGAGACCCUCGCUCCUGCUCCCGCUUGUCUGAUGAGGAAGAUGAGCCGUAUUAGACAUUGCGACAUGUUGAUUAUUCUGUAUCCAUCUCCCAGAGUUGAGCUCACCUCGCUUUUUCUUCAGUAGGUCCCUCAACGCGGCGCGGAUGAGACGCCGCUCUUCAAAGUCUGCAGCAUUGUCCAGCUAAAAACACAAUUUCUAUUACAUUAAGUUG